ACGAUCGCGGCGGCGAUCGACGCUCUCGGCUUACCUUCCGCUCCCCCCCCGCCCGGUUAGGCGCACCACCCCGGGGGCGGGGGCCGGGGCAGCGUGGGAGGGCGCCUGGCUGUAGGUGCCCGGGUAGUGCCGCUGCCGUCACCUCCUCCUGCCUGCUCGCCAUUAAGGGUGGGCGCCGCCGCCGCGGCCGUGCAGCGGAGGGCCUCCCUCAGGGAGGAGGACCGCUAGUCCCCGCGUGUCCCCCCGUCCCGGUCCCGCCGCUCUCCUGGGAGCCGCGGUGCUCUGUCCUUUUUCUGUGUGCCCGCCCCACGCGCAGGGCGGCCCGGGGCCAUGGAGCGCGUGUUCACGCCGCUGGACUGCCUCCUGCCCGCCGGAGACCUGAAGUUUUGCCUUCUGAUUCUGAACCAGCCUUUCAACAAAGAUCUCUUUUGUUGUCUUUGGAGCAAAGCUGCACUGCGAGCUUGUGCUGAUGGAGGUGCCAAUCAUCUCUAUUAUAUCACAGAAGGAAGCCAAGACAGCUUCUUGCCUGAUUACAUCAGUGGUGAUUUUGAUUCCAUUCAGCCUGAAGUCAAGGAGUACUACAAGGUCAAGGGAUGUGAGUUAAUUGAGACCAUGGAUCAGGACCUCACAGAUUUCACCAAAUGCCUUCAGAUACUCCAGAAAAAGAUAGAGAAGAAGGGCCUCCAGAUUGAUGUGAUUGUGACUUUGGGCGGACUUGGAGGACGCUUUGACCAAACAAUGGCAUCAGUGGAAACGCUUUUUCAUGCAACAAAUAUCACUCCUUUUCCAGUGAUAGUCAUCCAGGAGUGCUCACUGAUUUACCUGCUUCAACCUGGCAAGCACAAGCUGCGUGUGGACACAGGACUGGAAGGUGCCUGGUGUGGCCUCAUCCCCAUCGGGAACUCCUGUGAGAAUGUGACCACGACAGGCCUCAGGUGGAACCUCACUAACCAGGUGCUGAAGUUUGGAACACUCGUCAGUACUUCCAAUACCUAUGACAACUCUGGGAUUGUGACCAUUGAGACGGACAAGCCUCUGCUGUGGACAAUGGCUAUCAAAAGAUAAGAUGAGCUACAGCUGCCUUUUCUGAUCUGAGUCAGCUCAAAUUACUGCAAAAUUUCACUGAAUUAAGAUGGUAAAGCUGUUCCCAAAGAUACAAGCAGGCACUGAUUUUAUGUACUGAAGAGAAAACAAGUCUGAAAUAAAAGUCACUUGCGAUCAAAUCAA